UUUAUUCUGUAUUAACAAUAUGAUUGCUCCCAGUUUGUCAUCUUUAGCCUUCCUGCUGCUUGUUGUAUUUCUCGCUAUGACGAGAGUAAGUUACGCAUCGACAGCGGUGUACGAGGCACAAAGUUCCACGGCAUCAACACCGUCUUCUAAGGGAGAACUUUCCCUGGAUGCUACUUUGUCAAAACAUACUGCAGAGAAAGAAAAAACUGCAGACAAUUCUGACACCCAAGAGGAAACAAUGCACGGAGGAACCUCAGAAGAUGAUAACGAAGAAUCUUCAGAAGAGCAGGGUUCUUCGGAAGAAUCUGAUGACAGUACCUGUUCUUUGACGCUGAGGGUUCCAGUAAGCGCCGUUAAUGGCUGUGACCAGGUUAAAGGGCUGGAGGAAAACCUGAAGCAGAUAAAACACGGCUUUAAUUCCAGGCUGGACGUGUUGGAACACCGCGUGAGUGACGUGCUUAGUGAUGAGGGGGACAGGGACAGCUUGCAGCAUCUGGAGGACAAAGUGUACCGUCUACAAGUUCAGCUGGACGAUGCAUUGGACCUUACCAAACAUGGUUCCCGACAUCCGGUGCUGAACAGAAUCAUACAGAACCUCCGACGAGAAAGAGUAUCCAGAACGGCGCUGGAGAAACGGCUACAGGAUCUGGAGAAGAGAAACCAAGACAUUGACUGCCGGUUAAUGGGGAGGCCAGGGAUCUACUUAAUACGUCCUUUCCGGGGACCGGGCAAAAUGAAAGUGUAUUGUGACAACACGUGGACUGUCAUACAGAAACGCUAUAACGGAACUGUAAACUUUUUCCAAAACUGGGAGUCCUACCGACGAGGAUUCGGAAACAUGGAUGGAGAAUUUUGGCUAGGAAACGAUAACAUCCAUUAUCUAACUACACAGAGCAAAUAUAAGUUACGGAUUGAAAUGAUGGACUGGUAUGGCAGAGAAUACUUUGCCGAAUAUUCCCAUUUCUGGAUCGAGAGUGUGAAUAACAAAUUCCGCCUUCACGUCCAAGGAUUUACCGGUAAUUUAGUAGAUUCCAUACUUCGCGAGGACUCCAAAUUUAAUCACAACGGCAUGGAGUUUUCCACGCACGAUGAAGACAAUGAUAAGAACCCGACAAUCAACUGCGCCUUAAAGUACCAAGGGGCUUGGUGGUACAAUGAUUGCUAUGCGUCCAACCUGAACGGCAGGCACUGCCAGCCGGAAGAACCAGACAUGCUCAGCUGUAUUGUGUGGUACGGCAUGCUUGAGAAGUACACCAUGGAAAAGGUCACAAUGAAGGUCAAAGAGAACGCAUGAGAAGUCUUACUUUGUGUUCCAUAGCAAGACAAUUAAUCCAAGAGUUCCAAGCCAGAACGAAAGUAUGUCGCUACAAUGUAGCUGCGCUGGGUGGUAGUUUAUUCACAAUAAGGACAGUUAGACAAGUUGCGCCUACGACAGUGUUGAGUAAAGGACGGUGUUGAGAAAAUAUCAAGAGAAAUCAGUAGAGAUUUAUUUCAGUAUGAGGUAGCAAUGUACACAGUUCUAAUAAUUUUUAAAAAAAGAUAUGUUUUAAUUGAAUAAACUAUGACUGUCAGAAUGGAAGACAGUUCUGUAAUUAAAUUAUUUGAUAUUAGUGCAUGUAUUUCUGCCUAUCUGUUACUCUGACCUAUGUAAAGCAUACAAGUAUACUACAUAUUAUCAUUAUAAAAUAUUCGUUCCAAGUAGAUAUAGUCGUGCUUUUGCGCAAUUUAUAUAGUCUCAAUCUUACAUAUCGUUUAUGUAAUUUCAGACACAAUUUCAUUAUUGCUAAGAUGAUACAUUCAUAACUCGAUUUAUGUUAUACAGUGUUAAAAAUCUUCGCUACAAGUAAAUCGAUGGAUGAUUCAUAAUCAAUCAUCUCAAUAUCUUAAUAAAAUAAUCCUCA